UGUGGGAGGGAGAGUAAUAGCCUCAUCGCUCCGCCCCUCUUCCGUCCGUCCCCCUCCUCCUCCUCCUCCACUAUCACUUCUCCACUGCAUCUCUGGCUCCGCCCCUUCGGCCACGCCCCCUUCUCCCCCUUCCUGCCUCGUUGGUCACAGACGCGAUCGUGGCAGGGAAGGCUGAAGGACAAGGAAGGUGGUAAAAGGGGCAGUACUGUUUGUCGAGGGGAUGUAAACAGUGCCAGGCCAGUCACCAACAGGUGUUCAUGACGCGUGCUGCGGCAAGUGACUCUGAUCAACGUUCCUACUGCAAUAUUAAACCGACAAGUUAUCAGUGACGAACUUAAGACAAAAACUUAAAAGACUGAGAAACAGGGGCGAGCAACAGGUGAUUUUCAACGUUCACUUCACAAGAAAACUAAUUCUUGCAAAUUAUUCUAGGAAAGCUGAAGUCAGGCCCUCCGCAAUGGGAUCCUUCAUCGGCCACGCUGUCCCUGGCACCUUCUUCUUCUUCUUCGGGAUGUGGUUCACGUACCGAAUGUUCCAGCGGUACUUCCUAUGCCAAGCGACGGUGGCGGCGACAGGGGGGGGAGAGAAGUGCCGGAGCAGAUACCAAAACAUCUCGUCCUUCACGUGUCCGGGGUGCCCUGGCCUCCCCCUCGAGGGCGUCCUCAAGAUCAUCGCCGUCGUCGUCGGAAUGACUGGUGAAUUCGCCACUGCCUUCGACGAGGGCAAAUUCACGCACAUCGGGAACGCGCAACACAUGACCAUGUUCUUCUUCUUCGGUCUGAACGGAGUCAUGGACGUCCUCACGCACUACCGCAUCCCUGUGCCGCCCGACAUGGACUACGUGUCCGCCAUCCUGGCCUUCAGCAUGGAGGCGCUGCUCUUCUACUACCAUCUGCAUGGCCGGAGUCACAUGGACGUGCAGGUCCAUAUGCUGUUGUUCUACGUCGUGUUGGCCUGCGCGGUGUCCACAGCCUUGGAGAUGUGCUACAAGAACAACGUUCUGCCCGCUCUCUGUCGGAGCUACUUCACGCUUCUGCAGGGCACUUGGUUCUACCAGAUCGGCUUCAUCCUAUACUCUCCGUGGGGCCCGACGUGGGACCAAGAGGACCACGGCCAGAUGAUGGUGGUGACGAUGCUCUUCACAUGGCACAACGCCACCAUCUUCGUCAUCAUGGCCCUGGCUGGCUCGCUCAUCUACCUGCGGGUGAAGGCGAAGGGACCCGCUGCCAUGUACCACGGUCUGCACGGGCCUCUGCGCAUGCCCAAGAUGGAUGCCGAGCAGAUCAAGAAUAUGAUUGUCGACUCGGAAGAAGAAGAAGUUUAAGAUUUUCAAUUUUUAUCUUUUUUUCUGAUUGUAGAUAUGUGUUAUCAUUCAUUGUUUCGUUUUAUUCCCAGGGACUGGUAUAUGGUGUGGGUGAAAUUGGGUGAAGAGGAUGACGAAAGCAUAAAUGGAACAGGGAAGCGUAUAUCAGAUUAAUUUCACCUGGAUUUCAGAUAGAGAGUGUGGGGGGAGGGGGGUGGAGUAGUAUCCUCGACUGAAGCGAAAAGUCUGCGUGUCCCUUCGAUUUUGCAUGAAUGAAGACUAUGGUAGAUUUAUUGAAAACUAAAUUUAAGAGACUUAGUAUUUUUUAAGAUAUAGUUAAAAAAUAAGAAAAUCUGACUGCACGAAAAGGAAUUAAA